UGUACGUUUCAAAACCAGAAGCUUGUGUAUCUCUUAUUCGCUGUGGAGGAUUGUGGUUGACGGAUCAUGUCCGUGCAUUGUGUCUUCGACUGUCAAUCAGUCCAAGAAGUUUGUGACGAACAACGUACCGCGUGAUAUUGAUUACUCUGGGAUGCACGUGAAAUGCGUCGGUUCUUGGUGGAUAAAUUGCUUCGACGAAGGAACCCUGCGAAUGCUUCUACCUCAGUCGAGUUGGAAAUACCUGCGGAUCUAAUGAAAGGGGGUCUAGGGAUGACCUGUUCCGUGGAUGCUCUGCUUUCAUCCGAAAAAUGCCGGAAUCGAGGCGAGGAAGCAGUGCGAUCGCCAGUCAUCAAUAGACGCAGCCACAUCGCAUCUGCCUUCUCUGAGGCUUUCCGGCCGCGGUCAAAGUCCGAUGCCUCCAAGGAACGAGGGAAGAAGCCGGGUCUUAUCUAUUCGAUGAAACAAUCACUGCAGCAUUUUCCUCUCAUUUUUGGGCCACUUUCUCACCAAAUUUCACUUUCAGACUGA